GGCGGCUCGCGGGGUCGGGGUGCGCGCCGGUGCCGCGGGGCCGGACGGAGCCCAGCCCCGGCCCCGACCGCCCGGCCCCGCUCCGGACACUCCGGCCCGCCCGGCCCCUCCUCUCCCCUCCCGGGCAGGGAGCGGGGCCGCACAGACAAGAUGAUCGAUACCCUGGCGAGCGGCGGGGCUCCGGACCCGGUGCUCGAGCUGCCCGCGAUGCUGGAGCAGGAGCUGCGGGCUCAGCCCCGGGCCGCCGGCCUCCGGCUGCUCGAGGCUGCCCACGACAAUGGCCUGCGAAUGACCGCACGGCUGCGAGACUUCGAAGUGAAAGAUCUCCUCAGCUUAACUCAGUUCUUCGGCUUCCACACUGAGACGUUCUCUCUAGCUGUGAAUUUCUUAGAUAGAUUCUUGUCAAAAAUGAAGGUACAGCCUAAACACUUGGGCUGUGUUGGACUCAGCUGCUUCUACUUGGCUGUGAAGGCAUCAGAAGAAGAGAGAAAUGUGCCCUUAGCCACUGACUUAAUUCGAAUAAGCCAGUAUAGGUUCACUGUUUCUGAUAUGAUGAGAAUGGAGAAAAUCAUACUGGAGAAAUUGUGUUGGAAAGUCAAAGCUGUAACAGCCUUCCAAUUUCUACAGCUCUAUCAUUCAUUCAUUCAUGAGAAUUUAAGCUGUGAAAGGAGAAAAUACCUUAAUUUUGAGAGGCUUGAGACCCAGCUUAAGGCCUGUCACUGCAGAAUCAUGUUUUCUAAAGCCAAGCCUUCUGUCUUGGCACUGUCUAUUUUGGCACUAGAGAUAGAAGAACAAAAACUGUUGGAGGUGACGGAGGCAUUGGAAUUUCUACAGUUACAUUCCAAGAUAAGCAACAGAGAAUUGACCUUCUGGAAGGAGCUAGUGUUGAAGUGCCUUACGGAAUAUUCCUCAAGCAAGUGUUCCAAACCAAAUGUGCAGAAAUUAAAAUGGAUUGUGUCUGGACGUACAGCUCGGCAGCUUAAACAUAGCUACUACAGAAUAACACACCUUCCUACCAUUCCAGAGACCACCUCAUAAUAGGAGUGCAAUAAAAUGGGAAGACCAUCCUGUGACCUUGUCAACAGACACACAGAUAUUUGAGAAACAGUCUGAACCAUGAUCUUAAUAAUGAAGAGCUCAACUCAUGGAAAGAACAUGUAACAUGUCAGACUAAAGAUCCUUCCAGCACAUACCAGUUCUUUUCAUGAUGAAUUCAGAAGUACGUGGUGUCAGUUUUCAGUCUUACUUGGUAGACUGUUCACUAGUCAGUGGAAUAACACAAUCCCAAUACAAGGAAUUUUAACACCUUAGAGUUUGUAGAGCAGCUUGUGUAAUCUAACCUUGGUUUACAGUAACUGCGGGUGCUGAAUUUGGUAUUAAUUUUUAAAACCUGGUUCUCUUUCUGAGGAUUAUGCAAUACCAGGAAAAUCUGAUGUGUAAUAGUGCAGUGCUGCAGUGUGUUAAGAAAAGAAAGACUAAUCCAACUCAAUAUUGAUGACAGCAAAUGCCUGCCAACUCACCUGGUGUGCUAUUUGGGCAGUACCUUGUGUCCACGUGUUCCUGCCAGGAUGGGCACUGGCUUCCUACCACAGACACAUUAAACAGCAGCCUGUGAUACCCACUGAACAUGUCGAGUAGGUAGAGCAGGAGAAAAGAGCAACUUUACUGUGUUCCUUUAGGAAAGACAGUCACUAGCACAGCAUCAGUAACUGCAGUAUUUUGUAAGAGCUGUUAGUUUGCUGAUGCCACUCUCACUGAGUGUAAAAACUUGGUGAUACCUAAUGAAGGACUAAGGGAAAGAACUGGGUCACAUGUAACCCUUUCAUGCCCUAAAUCUGACAUUAGUUUUCCAAAGGUUUGCUGUACUAGAGGUAAAUGCUGAUACUGAACAGGCACAUUGUUACAGGUACAGUAGGAGCAGGGCUAGUUCCCCCCCCCCACCCCGUCCCCGUGGCCUCUGUGUAGGAGUAAUCCAGAUGAGAAACAUUGAAGAUUGCUUCAACUCUGAUCUCUUUAAUGGUAAGCUUUGUAAAACACAGCUGUUUGUUCUGAAGACCAGGUCAAUAUUUGAGGCAUUCUAGUGCUACCAAGGAAGUGAAUAAUAAGAAUGUAUUAUUGUAUGUUAGAUGAAAAGAGGUUCUGGGAGAGUGUUGCUAAUGUCCUCUUGGAUUCUGCAUCACUGUGGGACAGAGGCUGUUGGCAACAGGCUGUUAAACCUGAUUGUUAUAUGGACUGAUGGAGUGGAGAAAGAGAGAUCAGAGUGUGGGAUGAGAUGUUGGCCAGCCAACCCUUCCCUGUAAUGGUACCGGCUGAGUUAGAAACCAUUCUUUGCAUAUCUCAAACUAGUUACAGCUUUCAAAGAAGACUCCAUACCAAAGCUCUCUACUGGACAAAUCAAAUCUCAUGAGCUCAUGGGAGUGAUUGCACUGCAAAACAUGUAACUGGCUAUCACACCUGUCACUGCUGCCUGGGCAUUGUGCUGACCUGUGCAAAGCGACUCAAAGGUGUGGUCAGCCUACUGGGAGGGGAUGCAGUGUGCAAUUAUAAUUGUCCUGUCUCAAGAUAUGUACCUUUAAAUUAAACAUUGAAAUGUGCUUAA